UUUCCAUCAAAAUUCUGCAAGAUGUCCGAUGUGGAUAUGGAAUCCGGCUCGGAUGAUUCCGGAAUGGAGGAUCUGGAUGAAGAAAUUCAAAAAAUCAAGCAAAAGAUGAUCGACGAUAGUCAAAGUGUCGUUCUUGCAAACCAAUUAUUGAUUUUAUUGCGAAAAAAUGGUGACUUCGACGAGCUUGAUAUCAAAAGGAGGCAAUUUGUCGAAUGGGCCCCACUUAAUCCAUUAAAUUGGAAAAACUGGAUUGAAGAUUUUCAAAACAGAAAACCGGAGCCAAGUGUCGCAGAAGUCGAGGAAAUGUUUGAAAAAGCUCUGUUUGAUGAGAACGAUGUCACUAUUUGGGUCGAAAGAGCAAUGUACGCAUAUAAGGUUGCGAACGACAAAAACAAAAAAGAGGAUUUCAAGUUUUGCCGAGAUGUUUGUAGCAAAGCUCUUGAAAACCUUGGAACUCGGUACGAUUCUGGAGGGCACAUUUGGCUGAUUUUUCUGGAAUAUGAAAUGAGCUACCUGAAAAAUUCUAUGAAUGCUCCUGACUAUCAACGACUCGCUGAUCAAGUUUUCGCUCUGUUCGAGAGAGCCCUUCAUUGCCCAACAGAUCAGCUCGAAGAUGUUUAUGUUUUAGCUGAACAAUUCUGCACAGAAUUCAAACAACAUCAUAAACUCGAAGAACUGAAAAAGACAUAUAAUUCAACAAUGCGACAGAAGGAACAAUUGUCAAAGUUCGAGGAGCUCAUUCAACAGGAAGAAACCAAAAAGCAAGGUCUGAAACAGUUUUUUGAUCACGAGAAGAAGAGUGGAAUUCCUAGUAGAAUAAAAAUGGCUCACGAGAGGCUUGUUUCUGAGUUGGACGAUGACGAGGAAGCUUGGAUUGCAUAUGGAGCAUGGGCAGAUAUUGAACUUAAAUUGCCACAGGUUGCUGUAAAAGUGUACUCUCGAGCUCUGCGUCAUUGUCCAUACAGUUUUGUUCUCCAUCAACAAGCUCUUCUCGCCUUCGAACGAGAUCGUCGGCCAAAUGAGGAAAUUGAUGCAUUAUGGGAACGAGCAAGAAGCAAUGUUAUCAAUUCUGCCGAAGAAGGACGGAGUCUUUACCGUACCUAUGCUUUUUUGCUUCGCCGUCGAAUUCAUCUCACUGGUUCUUCGGAUUACUCUCCAAUGGCUGAAGUGUUUGAUGAAGGUGCAGCGCUACUCAGAGAAUGGUUUUCAAUGGCUUGGGAUACUACAGCAGAUUAUCGACAAAUGCAAGCAUAUUUCUAUGCUUCAUUAAUGAAGAACAUGGACAAAUGUCGAAAUAUCUGGAAUGAUAUUCUUGCAUCAGGAUUCGGAAGAUUUGCCGGAAAAUGGAUUGAAGCUGUUCGUCUUGAGCGACAAUUCGGUGAUAAAGAAAAUGCUCGAAAAUAUCUAAACAAAGCUCUCAAUUCUGUAUCGGAUAACAUCAACGAAAUCUAUAUGUACUAUGUUCAAUUUGAAAGAGAAGAAGGAACAUUGGCUGAGUUGGAUUUGGUUCUUGAGAAAGUGAAUUCACAGGUUGCUCAUCGAGCCAUUCGACCACAAAAGAAAGUUUCUGAGAAACCAGCUCCAGCUCCUAAAUCAAAGCAAGAUCAUAUUCAGAAGAGAACGUCGGGAGGUGAACCAAUUGUAAAAAAAGUGAAAGGAGACGACGGAGGAUUCAAAGCUCCACUUCCACCAUCCAAUGCGAAAAGUUCAUCAGCUGUAUCCUCUUCAAAUGCUUCGUCGACACCAGCUCCAGGUUCCUUUGCAGUUCAGAAAGCAGCUCCAGGAACGGAAGAUGCUCGCACAAUUUUUGUUUCUAAUCUCGAUUUCACUACGACGGAAGACGAAAUUCGACAAGCCAUUGAAGGUGUUGCUUCAAUUCGAUUCGCAAGAAAAGCGAAUUCGGAUCUUGUGCACAGAGGGUUCGCCUAUGUUGUAAUGGAGAAUGAUCAGAAGGCACAGCAAGCUCUCUUGAAAGAUCGAGUUCCUGUGAAGGGAAGGCCAAUGUUUAUCUCCGCCAACGAUCCAGAAAAACGGGUUGGAUUCAAAUUCUCAACCACUCUUGAAAAAUCGAAAGUCUUCGUUCGCAAUGUCCACUUCCAGGCAACCGACGAUGAGUUAAAGGCAUUAUUCUCGAAAUUCGGUACAGUAACCAGUGUUCGACGCGUGACUCAUAAAGAUGGAAAACCAAAAGGAAUCGCAUUCGUAGAUUUUGACACAGAAGCAAGUGCUCAAAAAUGUGUUGCUUCUGGUGAUAAAUUGAUGCUUCGAGAAAGAGAACUAGAGGUAGCGUUAUCCAAUCCACCAGUAAAAAAGGAUAAAUCGCAUGGAAAACCAGCAGCAAUUGGAGCAAGUUUGGAAGAAGAUGGACCUAGAAAAGGACAUGCUGCAAAACUGCAAUUGGUUCCCAGAGCUAUUACAAACAAAACUCCUCAAAUCACUGCUCGGCUGGACGCAAUGGAUGUUUCCGAAGGCACUUCAACGUCUCAGCCACUUUCAAAUGAUCAAUUCCGUAAAAUGUUUAUGAAAAAUUAGGGCCGUUUUUCACCAGAAACUUUCAUUGUUCAUAUCAAGAUUCAUUUAGUUAUUUAAUUUCUAUUACGUUCCCCAGUGUCUCCUUUCCAAUUAAAAUUCCGGUAGAUGCUAUUUUUGAUGUUCUCGCUAUAAUUAUAUUUGUUCUUCACUACGAAUUGCAAGAUUUAGUUUCAUAACUGUUCAUAAUCCUUGUUUUCUUUUUGUUUGCUAAUAAUUUGUAAUAGAGAUCCCCCAAUAUUCAUUUUCAACUUAUUGCCUAUGGAUAAGAAAAUCUGAAUUUUC